AUGAUUUUUGGAUACUGCCAAAGGACACACAAAACCAAACAAGGGACAAAACGAAGAAAAAAGGGUCUUCUUAGUAUGAUUAAGAAUAAACUAAACAAAAAAGGUAUAACCAAUGAAAACAGUUCUGACAAUUCUUCUUCAGAAGUAAAAAAAGGGGGACCAUUAAACAAAACUAGGAAAAUAGAAAUCGGAUGGUUAUUUGAAGAAGACGACAAGAAAUUAAAACAAGUUAGACUUAAAACUGGUGGGGGAACCAGAAAGUUGGAUGUUCCCAAGAUGUGCACAUGUGCCGAUGUCCUAAACAUCGGAAAAUCGUUGUUUUUUCCGGGGGAUAUUUCUGCUAAAGGUCCCCUAUCAGAUUUCGACUUGGAGAUUCGAGAUUUCGCACAAAACAAACUUGACGAAAAUAUAAAUGUCGGUGAAAUGUACGAUACAACAAAAAUAAAUCUAUUAAGAUUCUAUUUAGUAACUAAAAGGAAAUUAAGUUCGGUAUCGCGUAUACAACUCCCAAGAGUGACGUCAACGGUUACACGACCUACAUCGUCAAAUAUCGAAACACCAGCUAAGUCAAAACCCAAUAAUUUACCAACCGACAUAGCCACAAGAGGGUACAGAUCUAAUAUCGGAACACCAGCUACAUGGAUACCAAAACCCGAUAAUUUACAACCCCUCAAAAGUACAGGAGCUUGCAGCCUUACAUCCAAUAUCGAAAUUGAAUCAACUGAUAUACUUAAUGAGGCCAUAACAAAGAUCGGGGAAAUAUUACAUAAACCUGUUUCAUACGUUCGAAUAUUGUCUAACGGAGAAGCAGAGGUAGGUGUAGGAAGUGGUGUCGAGAGGGAUACCUUUUCGGCAUUUUGGAGCGAAUUUUAUGCGAAAUACACUGUCGGAGAUACAGCUAAAGUACCUGUUCUACGGCACGACAUGGGUGUAACAACUUGGCAAGCUGUGGCUCGUAUAAUCAUCAAAGGAUAUGAAACAUGUGGAUAUUGGCCACUGAAAAUUGCAUCGCCUUUUCUCGAGGAGGCAAUGUUUGGAACUGUCAUAAGUGAUUUGACUACUGUAUUUUUUAAUCACGUCAGUCAUUCUGAAAGGGAGGUACUGAAAUUGGCAUUGAAUGACUUUGACACAGUCGACAAGGAAGAGUUAAUGGAUAUUCUCUCCACAUAUGACUGUCGGAAAAUCGCCACAGCUGACAAUAUAAAAUAUAUGUUAACAGAAAUUGCACAUAAAGAAAUCAUACAAAGACCAAUGUUUAUAAUAGACAGCAUGCGGAGUGUUUUUGUACUUAAACAAGAAGUGAUUGACUUGGACGAAUUCACCAGGAUUUAUGCGAGACUAACACCAAGCACCAAGAACGUGUUAUCAAUAUUACGCUUUCCAGCAUGUAUGACCGACAGGCAAACUCUUGUAGCAAAUCACCUUAAACGCUUCAUUAGAGGAUUAGACUCUUACAAACUAGAGUUAUUUCUAAGGUUUUGUACUGGUUCAGACCAAAAUACAGAGGGGGAUAUUUCGGUACUCUUCACAGAGAUGUCCGACUUCGCUAAGAAACCUAUUGCUCGGACAUGUGGGAAAUCCCUUGAGUUACCAUUGGAUUACGAGAACUUCACGGAUUUUAAUUCCAAUUUCAAUUGUGUUCUCACCAGUAACAUCUGGUUGAUGGAUAUGAUUUAA